AUGGUGGAGGUGAACACAGGCCAAAGCUUUCCAGAAAACCUCAAGUUUAUCAAUGAGAGGGAAGAUCUGGUAGUGAUUCCAAUUCAUUAUGAAUGGAAACCUUCAGUGUGUGAGAAGUGUAAGAAGAUGGGACAUGAAACUAGUAAGUGUGCUAGGCCAAAAGGUAGGCAAGAAUGGAGAGUCAAGAAGCAAGUUGUGCCAGAAAAGAGCUCAAAACAAGCUGAAGCUCAUGAAUUUCAGCAGGUUAAAAAUCCUGCUAAGAGGAGAUUAAGCUCUCAAGGGGAAGCCACCAGGCAGAACAAGUUUGAAGCUCUAGAGGGUGAAGAGGCAGAAGAUGAAAAGAGAAUGGAAAAGACUAGUGAAGGGGCAAUAAUGAUAGGAACGGUGCAAUGCCAGUCAGGGGUUGAAGAGAUGGCAGGAGCUCAGUAUAUCCAUAGUUUGGUCCAACCAGUUAGUGGAGUAGUUUCUUUCUUCUGCACAUUCAUUUAUGCUGAGAAUGAUGCAAAUGAAACAAAACUACUAUGGAGGGAGUUGGAGGAGAUGGCUUUGAAUAUGAAAGAUCCAUGGUUGGCAGUUGGAGAUUACAAUUGUGUUUUGUACCCUGAUGAAAGAAUAGGAACAGUGGACAUGGCUGGUACAGGAAGUAGGUUCACUUGGAUCAACAAACAACAACCUAGUAGAGUGUUUUGUAAAUUAGAUAGAACCAUGGUCAAUCAGGAAUGGUUGGAGUGCUUUCCCUCUACUAUGACUCAUUUUAUGCCUGAAGGACAAUUUGAUCAUUGUCCUAUUACUAUUAGGGUGUAUCAAGAGGUGGAAGGUAGUGCAGAAAUUGAAGCUGGUUUAAAUGCUGAAGGAUAUUCUGAUUUGCAAUGUAGAGACAUUGCAGCUUAUAAAGAGAUGAUUAGAAGUCAAGAAGAGUUGCAGCAGUGUCCUCAUAAUACUGAAUUGCAGAGUCUGGAAUCUCAAGCAGUGUGGAAUUAUUGGAGAAUUCAUAGGGACUAUGUUGCUUUUCUGAAUCAGAAAGCUAAGCUGAGUUGGUGUAAGGAGGGUGAUGAGAAUACUAGUUUGUUUCAUCAAUCCAUAAAAUCUAGGAGGAUCAGAAAUACAGUAUAUGCAAUUGAAGAUAAGGAGGGUAACUGGAAGGACAAUAUGAAGGAUGUUAAUGAAGCUUUCCUGGGCUAUUAUGUCUGCUUGUUGGGGACAUCUAUGAGCAAUAGAACAAGAGUCAAGCAGGUAGUGAUAGAGAAGGGCCCUAUGUUAUCUGAUGAACAUAUCCAAAGUUUGGAGAGACCUUAUACUGCUCAGGAGGUCAAACAGGCCUUGUUUUCAAUACCAGGCAGCAAAAGUCCUGGUCCUGAUGGCUUUGGUGGUUACUUUUUCAGAGAUGCAUGGCACAUUAUUGGAGAGGAGAUAACUCAGGCAAUUCUAGACGUGGUUCAUUCAGGUAAAGUUCUCACUGAAUUGAAUACAACCAUGUUAACUCUCAUACCAAAAGUGUCUUGUCCCAAAUCUCUAAAAAAUCAGGGAGCCUUUGUUAAGGAUAGAUUUAUUGCUCAUAAUAUUAUGGUAUGUCAAGAUUUGGUGAGACACUAUGGAAGGAAGAAGGUUAAACCAAGAUGUAUCAUGAAAUUGGAUUUGAAGAAAGCAUAUGACACAGUUGACUGGCAAUUUCUUGAAGACAUGUUAAAGGCUUUGAAAUUUCCUGCAAAAUUCUAG